CAUCACUGGGUAUUCCCCCUCUCCUCUAGCUGGGCUCUAAUGGAAAAUAGUAGGGAAAACUCUGAAAACUCUAAACAACCCUCCAACCCCAUGAGGUGUACUCCGUGGAAAGCCGUAGGUAACUCAACUACUAAGGAUGUUACUAGCCUAGUAGUUACUUGGGACUGCUUCACUCGGGUGUUGCGGCUGGGAUUCUGUUUGGUCUGACAGUGGUGUGUACCCUGUCCCCAUUCAUCACUACGAUCGUUCU